UGUAGCGCCCUCUGGCGUUCGGAGGGCCAACGGACAGCUCUGAAAGAUGGAGCCGCUGUUCAGCCCUGCGCUACACAUUCAAAGACACCAAUUUGUUGUUGAUUUUGUGAGGGGCAAAAAACCCAAGAAGGUGGUAGAUCUGGGUUGUGGAGAAUGCAAGCUGCUCAAGAAGCUCAGGUUUCACCACGAAAUCGAGAUGUUGGUAGGAGUGGACAUCAACGAAGCCAAAAUCAAGAGAUACAUGCAUGGAUUAGCUCCCAUAUCGACUGACUACCUGCAGCCCAGCUUCGAUUGGCUGAGCAUAGAGGUAUACAAGGGUUCAGUCACUCAAAGAGACGCCCGCUUCAAAGGGUUUGAUCUGGCAACUGCUAUAGAGAUCAUUGAACACCUCACUCCCGCGGAUGUGGAGCACUUCUCUGCUGUAGUUUUUGGUUACAUGAGGCCCGGGGCAGUUGUGAUCAGCACCCCAAACUCAGACUUCAACCCCCUUCUGCCUGGACUGUCAGGCUUCAGGGACAGAGAUCACAAGUUUGAGUGGAGCAGAGCAGAGUUUAGAUCCUGGGCUCUGAGGGUGUGUUCAGAGUACGGAUAUGAAGUGGAGUUCACUGGUGUUGGUGAAGCUCUGCACGGCCACCAUGACAGCGUUGGCUUCUGCUCUCAGAUCGGUGUGUUUUACCGGCUCACGGCUAGCUAUCCCCCCAACACGUUAGGUGAUGACGAGGAUGUUUUUUCAUACACACUGCUGUACCACAUUAACUACCCCAGCCUGCGUGAUAACAACACCCUCCGGAGAGUCCUUGUGAGUGAAGUGCUGUACCAGGCAGAACAGCUGAAGGUUAGAUGGAUAGAGGAGAACUCUGGGGGGAGAUGUCUUUGUCUGACCUGUGGAAGAAUGAAGGAAUUGCAGAUAGAACCGCAUACAGAGGUGGAAGAAAAGCAAGAAGGAGCAGGGGCAGAGGAGGACCAAGUUCUACAAACAAGCAGGCCAAACCAACAGGAUCCAUUGAACAGAUAUGUGACUGUACCUUUGUCUGCACUGUGGCUCAACUGUCCCAAAAUCAAAAAACUGAGUGGAAGUCUGGUUAAUCUGAGACAUCUUCUGAUGGAUGAGCCUGAAGUCAGACUGAGUGAAGAUGGCAGAACCGUGCUUGUAAAGUAUCAGGAAGAAGAUCAGGAAGGAGAUUUAGAUUUUCCUUCGGAGGACGACGGGUUCACAGAAGUCAGUUGUUGCUCUAACAGUUUUGAGCAAGAGGAGGAUUGGGAGGCAAAUGUUUAAUCUGGAGCUUUGUUGACAGGAUUUCUGUUGAAGUUGACACCAGUAUCAGUUUGUUCUUUCAAUUUGUUUCAGUUAAAUGUCAUCAAAGUAAAUCUGACUUGAACAAAAA